GCCGCGACGCUUGAAGGAAACAGGAAGUGCUUGGACGACGCAGAGCCGGAGAAGCGGGGUCAAGUAGGUAGGGGCGCGGCGCGGGAGGGGCGCAGCGGCGAGCCGGAGCGGCGGCGGCCGAGCGUCUCGGGGCUCGCUGUCGUCAUAGGCGGCGGCCAUUUUCGCGGGCGGAGGCGGCCCCGGCGGGCGCUAGGAGAGCGGGGGCGGGCGGCGGGCCUGAGGCGGUGGCCCGGCGGCCUCGGCCACCCGGUAAUCGCAUCUCUUCCCGGCGUCUCGUCUGCAGAGGGAGCACUAUGUCUGCGGAAGUCCCCGAGGCAGCCUCUGCGGAGGAGCAGAAGGAAAUGGAAGAUAAAGUGACCAGUCCAGAGAAAGCUGAAGAAGCAAAAUUAAAAGCAAGAUAUCCUCAUCUGGGACAAAAGCCUGGAGGUUCAGAUUUCUUAAGGAAACGAUUGCAGAAAGGGCAAAAAUAUUUUGAUUCUGGGGAUUACAACAUGGCUAAAGCAAAAAUGAAGAACAAGCAACUUCCUGCUGCAGCCCCGGAUAAGACGGAGGUCACUGGUGACCACAUUCCCACUCCACAGGACCUCCCUCAACGGAAACCAUCCCUUGUUACUAGCAAGCUGGCUGGCUGAUUAAAAGAGCUGAACUGCAUGAAUCUUCGAAUUCCCAUUAUUUCUCCUUAAUAUGUUACUUACCCUCUUUUUAUUUACUUUCACUAAGUCAUUUGAGACUGACAGCUUUGCAGGUAGCAGUAGUGCGUGCUGCUAUUGUAAGGGAAUAUACAUGUGUAGGGUUUUUGAUUAGUUUGACAGUGCACUGAUGAAAAGGACAUGUUAGAGCUACGUAAGUAAUCUACUUGAAAAUAAUUGUAUAUAUUACCUAACUCCUAGUAUAGGGCUGGUUCCAACAAGUAACAAGCAAGUUUUAAAGUUUUAAUGUUUGGCUUUCAUUACUUCAUCUUAAUUAUAGCUUUGUAUGUUACUCUUAUUUAAUAUAACUUACAUUGUAUGGAUUUCUUCUGUAUUUUCCUUUUGGAUUUUGUAAAACAGAUGUUUAAGACCACAAGUUGGAAGAAGGUCACGUAUUUCAAACACAAAUAGAUGGGGCUCUGAAAGAUUUGUAUCUCUGUGCUUGAACUUGAAUGGCCUUAAAUCUGUUUCAGCUUUAACAGUAGAAUUUUACUUGGGCAAUAUUUGCCUUCUUGGUGUAACUUAUGUGACUCUAGUGCUUAACAGCUCCUGGUGAAGCUAGUAUUCUUACUCAGUUCUGUAGUUCUAGAAUACCUUUUGUUGUUGAAGAUGUGAAUGAAGUGUGCAUGUGCAUCGACUGUUGAAUUCACUUUUGUGCCAUUUUUGUAAAUACAAUAGUUUUGCACAACCUCUCACAAA